AUGCUAAUAACCCCAACUAUCUCAUACUUAUUGCCGAGGUCGUCUUCGGACUCAUCUUUCCUCCAAGGUGACGACGAUCCGUUCAACUCUUCUUCUUGGCAAUGGGGCAGAUGGGUCUUAUUUGUGAUUUUCCUAUUUGCUAUGAUAGUUCUGGUCUUCUUUACUCUAACCACUAACAGAAGGAGAAGACAGAUGGGCCGGGCGCCGAUCCGAGGAACAGCGUGGAUGACACCACCGUCUUACCGCCAGUCGGAAAGGCAGUACCAGGGGAACUCCCAAGGUUACGUGGUGGACUAUGUACCGGAAUACAGCGCAGAGACCAAUGAAAACGAUUUAGGAUACUAUGAUGAAAGAGGCGAGUUCCACCCUAAUGGCAAAACUGAAUAUAUUUCCCCACCACCUUUGGAAGGCUCUCCAGACACAUCAGGUGCUGGAACUGCGUCCCCGGGUGUACCUCUGCAACGGCCGGAUCCUGCAAUGUUGAGACAGAGCAUGAACAACUCUGAUAUUGAAUUGGAUUUCACAAGACCGACUUUCACAGCACAGAACUUCCAUGAACCUGCGAGAGAGGAGACGAGAUACUUGGAAACCCGAGAUAUCGAUUCACCAAAUGUAAUGGAAGGUUCAUCUCGUGCGUCUUCUAGGUCGAGUCAGGUCCAAAAAGACACAGUUCAUGUUACAGAAAAGGUUGGUUAA